GAUUUGACGGGAGUUGGAGUCAGAAUGGAUUCACAGCGCUUCCUGCUUUGACGAGGAAGACUCCGGCUGGUGACUCAAAAGUUGUUUGCCUGUGAAACCGCAACAGCUCGGGGAGACAGAAGACACCACAGACUCAAAAUGUCCUUGAUGGAACAUGUUGGCGUACGGCCCAUCACAGCUGUGGCAUGGACCUCCAACACCAGCACCUGCCCCAGAGACUUUACUAUGAUCAACAUCACAGAAGAUGGAUCCACAGCAAACUUCACACGCAGCUUUGCAAUAAAGUCUGGAUAUUACCUCUGUUACAGCAAGGACCUGACAUGUGGAAUGGUCGUUUCAGACAUUCAGCUUCUCUCAGACAAAGAUGCUAUUCCUCAUGGUUUCUGCUUCAUCGCUGAGCACCUCGAAGCAAAGGCCUCUGUUUCGAAGAAGAAGCGCGUGUGCAUGCGAGUCGUUCCGGUCGGCAGUGUGGACACAGCUGUGUUGGAUAUCAAACUGACGGCCAAAAGCAAAAUGAUGUUGCAGCAUUACACAUAUGUGGGGGACAUCCAUGGCUACGUGUUGUGGUGCAGAAAGGGACGUUUUUCUAACCCCAUGCCCCAGGCCAAACCCCGUAGUGUGAGCUUGGAUAUCCGCAAACUCUCCCUAGACCAACCAUCGGUUCCUCUGCCCCUCAGACCCAGCAACCCUCCUCCUCUCGCGCCGUAUAGUAAACUGAGUCAGAGACGCCACAGCCUCCAAAUCAAGGACAACUUGGACAAGCCUGCUGACAGCAGUAUCCAUGGGAUCACAGCUCUCGAUGGAGUUCCCUUUAGUCUGCACCCAAAAUUUAACGUCCAGGCGAAUGGGACGAAUCAUCUGCUGAACUCUCAAAUAAACAACAUUCGUAUAAAGUCUCUCCAAGACAUUGAAAAUGAGUAUAACUACACAUUUGCUGUGGAGGAAAAAGCCGCCAAGAGGACCAGGCCAUCACUGUCCAGUGACUAAAAUGACGCUAUCAAGAGUUUCAGGGUUUUUCGCUCUGUCAAAAAGACAGCGUUCCAAGUCAUGUACAUACUGUAAUUCAGAUGACAGAGACAUUUAGGUCAAUACGAUUAAGGUUUACAGGACGUGGGGUGGGCGUGACGCCACUACCAUUCCUUUAUAAUACUAACAUUCAUUUCUCAAUAUAAUGCUUUUUCCUGCAAGUCCUGUUUCUUCUCGGCCAUUUUUUUUAUGGCUCUCCAAAGGAAAAGUGCAGUAUCCUGUGCAGUAUCGGCUGUUUGGGCCCAUCAGGCGUUGAGUACAAAAAUCAGAAUAAUUGUGUGUUAAAUAUGAAGAUGCACUCUGCCAUACUUUAACCUGAUAUCCUACAUCACAUCACCUGACCAUUUGUUUAUCAACAGCCUCAUGGGCGGUGUUGUGUUAUUCAUUCAGUGCUUGGUUUGUAUAUGAGCAAACAGAGAUGCAGGAUACAGCUGAUGCCCCGCCUGUAUGAAGAGUAGCCCUCUAUCAAGUUUGUGUUAUUCCCCCAAAAAAAUAAUAUAUCCUAUUUUAAGGUGCGUGGAUGACGGUUAUAUAUUUUGCUAUUUAGUUAUGUUAAUCCUACUAGAACAAGUGGUGUGGUAAGAAAGGGAGACGGAUGUUUUUAUUUGUUUUGCUUUGUUACUUUUUGCAGAAUAAGGGCCAAAUAUUUAUAUAUCUCCUUGAACAUAGUAUCAUGUUGUUAUUGUUUAUGACAGUGUAAAAAAGUUUUAUUGCAUCGCAAAAAAAAUAAAAACUUCUUAAGAAACGUAA